AAAGAAUAUAAACAAAGGUAAUUACAUAGGUAAAUAUGCAAGCUGUGAUAUUUUGUUUGUGCCCCGUUUUUAUUCUAUCUGAUUUACAAGACAAGUGCAUAAAGCAAUACUUUAAAGGUGUCCGGGGAUGGCAAGAUGGCGGCCUCUGCCUUUGCCCGUGCCCUCAGAGCUGCAGCAGGAGUCUUACGGCCCCUGAAUAUUUUGGUGUCUUCAGCCUGUCAAAACGGUGUCAAGAAUGCCUGUCUUAGUUCUGCACUGUCCACCCGGCAUUUUAGUUCUCUGCAGGCACCAGUUGUUUCCUCUGCUCCCAGACUUGCCACGUCUGUCAGAAACCUGACAUGUGGACAUACUGCAGCAAUCCUCAAUAGAGCGGCCCCCUUGCUUCCAAAUGUCCUGAAGCUACCAGUCAGAACCGUAACAUACUUCAGUUCACGGAAAGGGAAGAGAAAGACUGUGAAAGCUGUCAUCUACAGGUUUCUUCGACUUCAUUCUGGCCUGUGGCUAAGGAGGAAGGCUGGUUAUAAGAAAAAAUUAUGGAAAAAGACAACUGCAAGAAAAAGGUGCUUGAGGGAAUUCGUGUUCUGCAAUAAAACCCAGAGUAAGCUCUUAGAUAAAAUGACAACAUCUUUUUGGAAGAGGCGAAACUGGUAUGCUGACGAUCCUUAUCAGAAGUAUCAUGAUCGGACAAACCUGAAAGUCUAGAUUAGAAGUUUUAUGACUUCCCAGUUACUGAAUAUGUAUCUUUGUGUAUAUGAUGUCUUUGCAAAAAUGAAUAAGUGUAAAUGAAUAAGUACAAAAAUGAAUGAAUGAAUUUGAUGUAAAUUGUGCCAAUUGGUAUGGAAACAUACAGUUCCAACAUUAAACUUAUUAAAGUUUUAAAACUUAAAAA